ACAAAUUAUUGUUCAUUCUAUCGUGCUUAGGGCAUAAACGUGUCACUAAAAAUGUGGCGUUUGAUUUGUGUUUGUUUCAUAUCGGUCUGUUUUUACGGUGUUAAAUGUGACCCCGCCAGCAGAGAACCGCUUGCAGAAUUGGAAGAAAUAAUCACCAAGAAGCUGGAAGCGAGAUAUGACAAAGAAAUGGCCGAAAUGAGAAAAAAGCUGGCCGAACAGGAACAGAAAAUCGUAGAACUUACAAACGAAGUUAAUGAUCGUAACAGAGUGACGCGUCAGGAUUGGGAGGAGACCGAGGUCGCGUUUUUCGCCUACAUCAGGGACACCACGGGGCAUAUUGGCAACCAGCAAGUUGUCAUCUUUGAUCACGUGAUCACCAAUAUUGACUCAACCAACUCCGUCGGCGGAUACGACCACACGACCGGCAUAUUUACUGCACCAUUGGACGGCCUCUACGAAUUUUCCAUGACGUUGUUAAGCGGGUUCGACGAUACUAACACGCACUAUGCCUUCCAUCAAGGCAACACCCCAUUGACCUCUAUCUAUAUUGACGGAAACACCGGCGGUCAACACACCUGGGCCAUCGGAUCCGCAACCGCUGUCGUCUCGAUGACGAAGGGCGAGACCAUGUCCAUUAGACAUACGAACCCGACGAAUCCACAUGCGCUUGAAGGAGCGUACCAGAACGCCGGGCAGUCGAUGUUUUCAGGCUAUCUUAUCAGAGCUCACUUCACAAAUGGAAUUGUUGGAUAAAAUGUAUAAUGUGGCCUAAAUAAUUACAUUGCAAGAGUAACUUU